UUCUAGUUUAGUUGUGUGUUGAGGAUUAUACCGUUCAGAUCUCCUGCGAGCUUGACGAUAGUCAUGGCGCUCUCUUUCUAUCUUACUCUCUCACUCUCCUUGGCAAUAGUUGUGAGUACUCCUGCUCGUCAAGGAAAGAAACAAGCUGCUAGCUCUGGUCCAGUCACGUGUCCUGGAUAUCCCGGAUACUGCUCUGAGUCCUAUCCCGGAGACACCUGCUAUGUCGUCUGUGCCAGGGGUAGAAAUAAUGUCCCAACCUGCCAGACUGAUGGUACCUGGACUGAUGUACCCCGAUGUAUUGAACAUGAGCCUGGUAAAGAGGAGCAGAUCCCUGGUAUAUGCCCAGGAAUACCUGGAUACUGUUCCCUAGAUAAUCCAGGAGGACUCUGCACAUUCGAGUGUCCCAUCGGACCCAAGAUCCGGUCAACCUGUACUCCAGACGGAACCUGGGAACCAUAUCCAACAUGUCAAGGAGAUCCUAGAGAAACCCAGGACGGAUGUAAUCCUUGUCCAGGACCUCUUGGAGCUCCCAGAAACCGAACCAUGGGCCCAGGAUCGGGGGCUCAAGUCCAGAACAACAAUAUUCCUAGUCCUGUUGCUAAAACUAACAACAGAAGCAGUCCAAAAAAUAACAGUAACAAUCGCAAUAGCAACAAUAAUAAUAAUGGAGGAAAUAGGAAUGGAAAUCUCAACCAAGGAUCAGGAUCAGGAUCAGGUUCUAGAACUCAAAACAAGAAUUCAGGCGCAGCUCCUGCUACAAGAAGAACUGGAGGAUCUCAGAGCAACUCCUUGUCCUGUCCCGGAGAUGUCCUGCAGGCCUGUAUUGAUGUUUGUCCUGGAUUCUCUGCCCGUGUAUUCGGUGCCUGUGUAUCCGGGUGUGCUAAGAGAUGCCCGGAGAAAAAAUAAAUGCAAACCUACUUCCUGAUAAAUAAUAAGCAAUAAAAAUAUAUCAAACUUAACAAAAUUUAGUACUUACGGUUUAAUGCUCCAGUAUACACAAA